AUGGGCAACACCCCGUCCAAGAAGGGUGACGGGAACGGCCCGCAGCUCGAUCGCGAUGGCUACGCAUCCUUCUCCCGCUCCGACACGAAGGAGUCGACGCGCUCGAUAAGGAACUCGAUCCGGAACAAGAUCCCGGGCACCAGCACCAAGACAGACAGUCCGCGCAAUUCUAUCCAGGGCUUGGGCGCCGACAGCAACACCAGCGUGAACAAUCUGGAGAAGCAGGACUCACCCUCCGCCAAGUCUGCCACGAGCAACGCUCAGGCCGCACACAGACGGUCAGGCUCAACGUCCUCAGCGCCGCCCGUCGGCCUCGAUUCGGUGGCGUCGCGAGAGGACGCCGUGUCGGACAGCGACCAGCCUCCGCCCUCGCCCACGCAGUCGGCGACCGUAGGCCAUGGGCACGAAUCGGUGAACCAGGCGCAGCGAACCGGCGAAGUCGACCACGUUUCUGACACACCGCCCACCGGCCUGCCGCCGCCUUCCGCGCUCUCCAAGCCCAAGGAAUCGAUCCUCAUGAAGAGAGACCAGCCAAUCCCCAGAGCAGCCGAGGCACAGGCUGAGAAUGGGUCGCCGACCAUGGAGCUGGGCGCGCCCAAAUCUAUUGACAUUGACGACAUGAUCUCCAGGUUGCUGGACGCCGGCUAUUCGGCGAAGGUCACAAAGACCGUGUGCUUGAAGAACGCCGAGAUUUUUGCCAUCUGUCAGGCCGCGCGAGAACUGUUUCUGUCGCAACCAGCGCUCCUUGAGCUUUCACCGCCAGUCAAAAUCGUUGGUGACGUGCACGGGCAAUACACGGACCUCAUCAGAAUGUUCGAAAUGUGCGGUUUCCCGCCCAGUUCCAACUACCUGUUUUUGGGUGACUACGUCGACCGGGGCAAGCAGAGCUUGGAGACGAUUCUGCUGCUUUUGUGCUACAAGCUAAAGUUCCCCGAGAACUUCUUUCUCCUCCGCGGCAACCACGAGUGUGCCAACGUCACGCGUGUCUAUGGUUUCUACGAUGAGUGCAAGCGCAGGUGCAACGUCAAGGUCUGGAAGGCGUUCGUAGACACCUUCAACACCCUGCCCAUCGCUGCCAUCGUUGCAGGCAAGAUCUUCUGUGUUCACGGUGGCCUUUCGCCCAGUCUCUCGCAUAUGGACGACAUUCGCCAAAUCGCCAGGCCCACGGACGUCCCCGAUUACGGUCUUUUGAACGAUCUGUUGUGGAGUGAUCCCGCAGACAUGGAUAACGAUUGGGAAGCGAACGAGAGAGGAGUCAGUUACUGUUUCGGGAAGAAGGUUAUCAUGGAAUUUUUGCAACGUCACGACUUUGACCUGGUUUGCCGCGCACACAUGGUGGUCGAGGACGGAUACGAGUUCUUCAACGAUCGGAUUCUGGUGACGGUGUUCUCAGCGCCAAACUAUUGCGGUGAGUUCGACAACUGGGGGGCAGUCAUGUCCGUGUCUGCGGAACUGCUCUGCAGUUUCGAAUUGCUCAAGCCACUGGACUCGAGUGCACUGAAGAGCCACAUCAAGAAGGGCAGGAACAAGAGACAGAGCAUGCUCAACAGCCCACCGGCAAAUCAGUACCCGCAGUCUUACUAA